AUGAGGAUACAAGAAAGAUCCAAAUGUUGGCUGAAGAACUGGUUAACCAUUAUAUUCUUUGUCUUUCCCUUUGAUUUGGGCAGGGAUCAUAACUUCACAGAUUACCUUGAUGAGUAUACUGAAAUAUUCAGGAUGGGUGAAAACAGCUAUAGUGAGACUUGCAAUGACACUGAUACUAAUUUCCGGAGCACGCUUUAUGCAACCACCUACAUGCUCAUUUUCAUCCCUGGACUGCUGGCCAACAGUACAGCCUUGUGGGUUCUGUGUCGCUUCAUCAGCAGGAAAAAUAAAGCCAUUAUUUUCAUGAUCAACCUCUCUGUGGCUGAUCUUGCUCACGUGCUGUCUUUACCCUUCCGGAUUUACUACUAUAUCAACAACAGCUGGCCUUUCGGGAGCGAACUUUGCCUGCUAUGGUUCUACCUGAAGUAUCUCAACAUGUACGCCAGCAUUUUCUUCCUGACAUGCAUCAGCCUUCAGAGGUGCUUUUUUCUCCUCAAACCCUUCAAGGUCAGAGACUGGAAACGCAGGUAUGAUGUGGCCAUCAGUGCUGCCCUCUGGGUCUUCGCAGGGAUUGCCUGUGUGCCGUUCCCCAUGCUGAGAAUCCAUGCAAUCAACAGAACUGAAACAUGCUUUGCUGAUCUUCAUUACAGGGAAAUGAAUGAGGUGUUUUUGGGUGUGUUGAUGACACUUGCUGAGCUGGUAGGAUUUGUGAUCCCAGUAGUCAUCAUUGCAUGGUGUACCUGGAAAACUGCUAUAUCCCUCAGACGACCACCUCUACCUAUCCAGGCGAUGACUGAGAACCAGAAAGCACUGCGGAUGGUUUUCAUGUGUGCUAUAGUCUUCUUUAUCUGUUUCACUCCCUAUCAUGUUACCUUUAUCUUUUAUGCCAUGGUAAAGGUAAAGAUCAUUAAGAACUGUCCCAUUAUCCAAAGUACACAGUAUUUCCACCCAUUUUCUCUAUGUCUUGCAAGUGUCUGCUGCCUCUUGGAUCCAAUUAUCUAUUACUUCAUGGCCUCAGAGUUUCGUGACCAACUAUCCCGCCAUGGCAGCUCUGUGCUCCGUUCCCGCCUCAUGAGCAGGGAGAGUGGCUCAUCAAUGAUUGCCUAAAAUUAAAUAACCUUCAUUUAUGACUGUUUAACAAUGUUCCCUGCCUUUUCCCAAAGGACCGAAUGACUAUCCAGAUGAUUUUUUAUUUGAGCUUUCAGAGCAAGAGAAAGAAAUGUCUCUUCUUGUGUGAUAGUUGGGGUCACAGGUGUUAUG